UCUCAACUCCAUUUUCCCCUUCCUCCCCUUCCCACUUCUCCCCAAUUAACCAUGUCUCGCGGAUCGUUCAGGGGACGGGGAUCCGGUAGCAACACCCGUUUUACGGGCAAACGACGCGGGGGCGGACGCGGAGGACGCGGUGGUGGCGUCGCAUACGGUAUUGACCGUCCGGCUGCUCAGCUGACGCGCGAAGACGGCACAGCAGCUGCUGAGCGGUUCGAAGAAGUCAAGGCAUAUGACGAGAUUGAUGAAAAGCUUGGCUUUUGGAGGUUUGAGAGUGUGAGGUCGGAGGGAGAAGAGAAGGUAGGGUGGCUGGUAAACAUGCACAUGACUCUUAUGCAGAGCGAAGUCAGCCCAAAUGGGCUCGCUGCAGUAGACUACUACUUUAUCCAGGACGAUGGUGGAUCGUUUAAGGUUACCAUACCGUUUGAACCAUACUUCUAUGUGACGUGUCGAGGAGGGACUGAAACCCUGGUAGAAGAAUGGCUGCUGAAGCAGUAUGAGGGAACGAUCGUGCGGAUAGAGCGGGAGAAGAAGUGGGAUCUGGAUUUGCCGAAUCACCUUCUCUCCGCGCCUCCAGUAUUCCUCAAACUCUUCUUUCACAACACUGCCGAUCUUUACACCGUCAGGCGUGACUUAAACCCACUCGCCAAGAGCAACUCUGAAAAGUUUACGGUGGUCGAUGCGUACGCCGAUGUGGUCAGUGCAGAGGCCGCUGCCAACGGUCAUGACGACGAGGAGAAAGCAUGGGGAGCCGAGGAUGAUAGCCGGAAACGCAAAGACAAGGAGCCCUCUGAGUGUAUAAUCGAUGUACGAGAACACGACAUAGCGUUCCACUUGCGAGUGGCUAUCGACCUUGACAUCCGAGUCGGUCUGUGGUACAGCGUGGUCUCCAAAACCGGUAUUACAACGCUCCUUCGAAUUCCUGAGCGUGUCAAGCGUGCCGACCCCGUGAUCAUGGCGUACGAUAUCGAAACUUCUAAACAGCCCCUCAAAUUUCCCGAUCAGCAAACAGAUCAAAUCAUGAUGAUUUCAUAUAUGAUUGACGGGAUGGGAUACUUGAUCACCAACAGAGAGAUCGUGGCCGAAGAUAUUGAUGAUUUUGAGUAUACUCCCAAGGACGAGUAUCCGGGAGAAUUCACUGUCUUCAAUGAGCCAGAUGAGGCGGCUGUCAUCAGGAGAUGGUUUGAGCACAUUCGAGACUCAAAGCCAAACGUUAUCGCCACUUAUAACGGUGACAGCUUCGAUUUCCCCUUUGUGGAUGCGCGCGCCAAGAUUCACGGCAUUAGCAUGUAUGAGGAGAUCGGCUUCAAGCCAGAUAACGAAGAAGAGUACAAGUGUCGUGCUACGAUGCACAUGGACUGUUUUAGAUGGGUAAAGCGAGACUCGUACCUCCCUCAAGGAAGUCAAGGUCUGAAGGCUGUGACGACUGCCAAACUCGGCUACAACCCCAUCGAACUCGACCCCGAACUCAUGACUCCUUAUGCCAUUGAGCAACCGCAAAUCCUCGCCCAGUACUCGGUCUCCGAUGCUGUCGCCACCUACUACCUCUACAUGAAAUAUGUCCACCCCUUCAUCUUCUCACUCUGUAAUAUCAUUCCUCUCAACCCGGAUGAAGUUUUGAGAAAAGGAACGGGUACACUAUGUGAGACCCUGUUGAUGGUUGAAGCUUACGAUGCUCAUAUCAUCAUGCCCAAUCGACACGAGGAUCCCCACGGAGUGACCUAUGAAGGACAUCUGUUGGCUUCUGAGACCUAUGUAGGCGGUCACGUCGAAGCGUUGGAAGCUGGUGUGUUCAGAAGCGAUAUACCCACCCACUUCAAAGUCGUGCCGAGUGCCAUACAAGGACUCAUUGAUGACCUCGACGCCGCUCUUCAAUUCUCAAUAGUCGAAGAAGGCAACCACAGACUCGAAGAUGUCGAAAACUAUGACGAAGUCAAGGGUCAGAUUCAACAAGCCCUCGAGCUUAUGCGCGACGACCCCAGCCGUUUCGACAAGCCCCUCAUCUAUCACCUGGAUGUCGCCGCCAUGUAUCCCAACAUCAUGUUGUCAAAUCGGCUUCAACCAGACUCGGUCAAGAAAGAAUCCGACUGUGCGGUGUGUGAUUACAAUCGCCCCGAUAAACAGUGCGACAGACGAUUGGAGUGGGCGUGGAGAGGAGAAUAUUUCCCGGCCAAGAGAGACGAGGUGAAUAUGGUGCGCUAUGCCUUGGAGCAGGAGAUGUUCCCUGGCAAGCGAUCUUUCGACCCGAAGCGGCGAUUUGUGGAUCUAUCACCUGCGGAGCAGUCUGCUCUUCUGCACAAGCGCCUCGGUGACUACUCUCGAAAAGUCUAUAAAAAGACUCACGAGACGAAGAUCGUCACGCAAACGGCUAUCAUCUGUCAACGAGAGAACUCUUUCUAUAUCGACACUGUUCGGGCUUUCCGUGACCGUCGAUACGAGUACAAAGGUCUUCAUAAAACCUGGAAGAAGAAUCUUGACAAGGCAAUUAGCGAAGGCGGCGCAGUGGCCGAGGUUGAUGAGGCCAAACAGAUGAUUGUCCUGUAUGACUCUCUGCAGCUUGCGCACAAGUGUAUCCUCAAUUCUUUCUACGGAUACGUUAUGCGCAAGGGCGCCCGAUGGUACUCAAUGGAAAUGGCUGGCAUCACUUGUCUGACUGGCGCCACUAUCAUUCAGAUGGCCCGUCAACUCGUUGAGCAGAUUGGUCGACCUCUAGAGCUGGAUACAGAUGGAAUCUGGUGUAUGCUUCCUGGUGUUUUCCCUGAAGACUUCAACUUCAAGAUCAAAGGAGGCAAAAAGUUUGGCGUGUCGUACCCCUGCACCAUGCUCAACCAUCUCGUCCACGCCCAGUUCACCAACGAUCAGUACCACGAGCUUGUCGACAAAGAGUCCGGCCAGUACAAGGUCAAGAAGGAAAACUCAAUCUUUUUUGAACUUGAUGGACCUUACAAAGCCAUGAUUCUUCCUUCGUCCAAAGAAGAAGACAAGCUGUUGAAGAAGAGGUAUGCUGUCUUCAAUCCCGACGGCUCUCUUGCCGAACUCAAGGGGUUCGAAGUCAAGCGUCGUGGUGAACUUCAAAUGAUCAAGAUCUUCCAGAGUCAAAUCUUCGACAAGUUCUUGCUCGGUACCACCACCGAGGAGUGCUAUGCGCAAGUCGCUACUGUUGCCGACCAGUGGCUUGAUAUUCUACAAAGCAAGGCAUCAAGUCUUCACGAUGACGAGCUGGUCGACCUUAUUGCCGAGAAUCGAAGCAUGUCCAAGACGCUUGCCGAAUACGCCGGCCAAAAGUCUACUUCUAUCAGCACUGCCAGGCGACUUGCCGAAUUCUUGGGCGAGCAGAUGGUCAAGGACAAGGGUCUUGCCUGUCGUUUCAUUAUUUCUGCCAAACCUCAGGGCGCCCCUGUUACCGAGCGCGCUGUACCAGUCGCCAUCUUUACGGCUGAAGAGUCUGUCAAGCGGCACUAUCUUCGCAAGUGGCUCAAGGAUAACAGUCUUACGGACUUUGACUUGCGUACAAUCCUUGACUGGGAGUACUACACUGAGCGACUUGGUUCUGUGAUCCAGAAACUCAUCACCAUUCCUGCCGCCCUUCAAAGAGUCCAGAAUCCUGUCCCCCGCAUCCGACACCCCGACUGGCUCUACAAGCGCAUUGCUAUGAAAGAGGACAAGUUCCAACAACACAAGUUGACCGACAUGUUUGCCAAAAUGAAAUCAAAGGAUAUGGAGGACUUUGGAGAGGGCGGAAAGCAAAGCGGCCGCAAACUCGCCGUCGUCAAGCGCAGAAAGCAGAGGGAGCAGGAAAAGUCUCCAGAGAUUGAGGAGCUACCACCCAAGCCUGAAGACGACUACUCGGGCUACAUCAGGGUCAUGAAGAAGAAGUGGCGCCAGCAGAGGCAGGAAAGGGCCAGGGCCAGGAAAUCUGGACCUCGUCAGGAUGGCACUGUUUCGUCAAUGCUUCGGGCCCAGACCACCAGUCUCAGCUCUAAGCAGUGGGACGUUGUACAAAUUGCCGUCACCAAUCGCCCUGGCGAAUUCAAGCUUUGGCUGUCAAUUGACGGCACAUUCCAAAGUGUGAAACUACGGGUCCCAAGAGAAUUCUACCUGAACUUCAAAGAGACACCCCAGCAAGACGUUCUGUUUGCGGACAGGUACGAGGUGUCCGAGGUCGUGCGAACACUUCCCAGAGGACAGGCGACAAGACAUCUUUUCAAGUUACUCGUGGACGAGAUCUUGUUUAUGGAAGGAGAGUCCCAUUUCUCCAGUCUUAUCAAUAGUCCCAAGGUCGAAGGAGCCUUUGAGCUUCAAGUGCCCUUGGUUGUCAGAGCACUCCUCAGCUUUGGUACGUCGUGUACCCUCCGAUCUGGCAUUACGGGCGGCCUGAACCGAGGUCUCGACAAAGGCUUCGAGCUUUCUGACCUGGAGAGACCGAUGAUGACCUCCCGACACAAGUACCUCAACGAAGGUCGAGAGAUUCAAUAUCAUUUCCUCUUCCAUGCCAAUGUGGACACUCGUCAUGUCAUCGGUCUCUUUUCGCCUGGCGCAGCUCCUCGCGUCUACGUCGUGGACCGCUCUAGAACUCGACAAAACAUCCCCAGCAUGGCCAGCUUUUACGCCGAGCGACUCGAGCGACUCGGGCGUACCGAGAAGGGGGUUUUUCCCUACCCUGAGGAGAUCGAGAUUGAAACGACACAACACACCACGGAGACUAGUGCAUUCAAAGCCCUCGCAAAAGACCUGGGGGCUCUCAAGCGUGGCUUGAAUGUGGUUGCUCUCUACUCGCCUUUCAGCCACGACUACUACCAGGCAAAGUCCUCCGUAUUCUCAGACUUCCCUUUCAUAACGUACAGACUGGGCAAAGACGAGGAGCCCGGAAUCAUGUGGCAGCUCAACUCGGUGAAGAGGAUGGUGGGGCUAUAUCUGCGAUUAUCCGGGUGGUUGAAAGAGCAGAUUGAGAUUGCGGCUCAUUUCGACGUGCCUAUCGGAAAUUUGGGUGCCGACACCGCUGUCUUCUUGGCGGAUAUCGAAUUUGCUCGUCGUCUGAAGCAGCAGGACAUGCUCAUAUGGUGGUCCUCCAACUCUCGACCUGAUCUGGGCGGCAGCGAGGAGGACGCAAACAUGAGCGAGGACUUGGUGUCUCCACACAUUUCCAACCGAGGCUGUUAUUCCUCUACAGUUUUGGAAUUGGAUAUCACUGAGCUUGCGAUCAAUGCGGUUCUCCAAUCUGCCCUGGUCAACGAGAUGGAGGGGUCCGGUACCGGCUCUAUGGCGUUUGACACUGCUUCUCACAACCUUGACGAGUAUGCCAAGGGCGCUGUCAAUACUUCAGUCAUGCUCGGCGAUGCUGUCCUCUCAACACAGACGUUCAGCGUCCUCAAGUCGAUGCUACGAGCCUGGUUCGUUGACAAGGCUCGCGCCACGGUCAAGGGUGACCAUUCUUCACCUGCCGAACUGGUGGUUGACCAAUUCUGGCGAUGGGUUAGCUCUUCAACGAGCAACAUGUUCGAACCUGCUCUGCAUCGGUUCCUGCAUGGCCUCAUGCGAAAAACUUUCUUGCAGCUGCUUGCCGAAUUCAAGCGCCUUGGCACCCAAGUAGUGCAUGCGGACUUCAACCGCAUCUUCCUCCUUACUUCCAAGCCGGACGCUGGCAGCGCGUAUGCGUUUUCAAAGUACUUGGUGGCUGCAGCCAACUCGCAAGAAUUGUUCCGACACCUCGGCAUUGAGGUUACACAGUUCUGGAACUAUCUGGCUUGGAUGGAUGUCGCGAACUAUGGUGGUGUCAAGGUCUCGGCCGAAGCUGCCGCCAGCCGAGACCUGCCUAGCAACAAGUUUGAGAUGAGUAUGGACUGGAACAUCCAGUCCUUCUUGCCUAGCGCAUUGCAACCUCUUUUCGAGAGGCAUGUGGCCAAGUUCAUCUACGAGCUGUACACUGCCAAGCGUAAAGCUCAUGACUCGCGCGAGCCAUUGCGAGUCAUACACAGCUUGAACAUCGAUGCCCCUGGCGAGAGUGCGUCUACAGUCAACCCGGCCAAGGACAAGGAAAGAGCAUCUGGGGCCAAAGCUAUUUCGCAAACUCUCACGCGCAACCUCCUCACAGACAUCGCUGGUGCCAAGCGCAGACAGGCUGCCUUGCAUCUUGACCCCGACCUUGAUGACAACCUCGACUUCCCUCAACUUCCAGGUGCUCGCACCGACCGUACCAACCCUACUCUUGAGCUCAUCAAGGCCAUCACCGAAGUGUUCUCCCUCGCGUCGGAGCACUCAAUUGAAGUUCAGGUGCUGAAGAGAAACCUGUUGGACCUGGUCGGGGUCAAGGAAUUCUCAGGCGACGCGGCGUGGAAGGCGCCCUGUGAGAGCAUAGAGGUACCGAUGGUUAUCUGCAAGAGGUGCAAUGCUAUCAGGGAUGUGGAUUUGUGUAGAGACCCAGACAGGCUUCCUGUCGUGGACUCGGCGACUGGAGAAGUCAGAGAGCCUCCGAGAAAGAGUUGGACUUGUCAUAAAUGUGACAGUGAUUAUGACCGGUUCCAAAUUGAGCAGCCCCUCAUCGAAACCAUCAACAAGAUGGUCACCGCCUAUCAAACGCAAGAUGUGGCCUGCGUCAAAUGCUCACAAAUGAGGUCGGACAAUUUGGCGGCUACGUGCAGGUGUGGCGGGUCAUUCAAGCCGACGGUGAACAAGACGGAGGCGAGGAACAAGCUGAAGAUGAUCAAGAGUGUGUGUGAUUAUCACAGAUUGCCGCUUGCGGGGAGCUUUGUAGAGGAAACGUUGAGUAGAUGGUAGUGGACAUGUGUUCCGAGUACUUUUGGGCGUUCCGGCUGUUGGCCUUGCAUGUGUUUCUUCCAUAGUUUUUUGUACUUGUAAAUCCGACUGUCUCAUUGCACUAUUAUAUGUCCGUAUAUUGCUGUAAUUUCUAUGCACCCGUGACGUCCUCA